UGGCCUGGCAAGCGAAUGAUAAAACCUGUCACUGCUUUAGCUGGCCUUACGGCGUAGUAAAUAUUAACAUAAUCAUAAUCCGUUGGACUGCACAGUGCCAGAUUCCUCUCGACGUCACGAUCACCAUAUCGUAAGGCGUGCCAAAUGAGUUUCUAUUUUUGCCUUCCCAAGUGCUGAUCUAAAGGCGCUGCGUUUCAUGAUGAUCACGACUUGGAGUCUCCACUGGGUGGAAAGCUCUCAUACGUGUGUCGACAACUGUACUCAAGUCGUGUCUGCGGCGACGCUAGUCCCUCUAUAACUUGCAAGCAGGUCUAAUAGAAGGGAAGGGCAGCGUUUUAUUUUUGUUUUCAAAAUGUCUUCUGUUUUAUUUUCGGAGAUUGCGGAUCUGCAGAUAUCCAAGUUUGCCAAUAUCGGUGCUUUUGCGAUCCUUAUAUUCGAUUUCUGCAUCACGUUCCAAGAUGAGGUAAAGUGGACCUGGACCAGGCCAUGGGAUAUAAUUCGUGUCAUCUUCACCAUAUCCCGAUAUCUGCCUUUCAUAGGCUCUGGAUUGACUGCAUAUGCUGCACUGCGUGUCAGCGGCCCGCCGGCCCCCAGUCUGGCAGAAAACAUCAUUCAUAUCAUAGGUAUCGUGGCUGCGGAGGGCUUGUUGGUCGUUCGAACAUGGGCUUUCUGGCGAAAGAGCAGAAGGGUGCUGAUUGGAUUGGUGACAGUAAUCGCCGCUGUUUCUAUAAACGUCCUUCCCAAUCACCACUUGAUAUCAGCAGGUGUGUCUACGAUACCCGGGCAAGACUUCUACUCGUCAAGAAAUGCUGCUUUGGUAUAUGCUAUCCUGGCACUCUUCCAAUGUGUGAUACUGGCCCUUACUGCGUACAAGAAGUUCGGCGACUAUCGGAAAAUCGAGAGCUCCAUCAUAAACACCAUUUACGGUGGUAGCAUAUUCUACAUGUUGUGCAUCAUCGCCAUCACAGUCGCCAAUGUGAUUAUUGACGCUGUAUUUCCGAUUGGCUAUACAAACAUGCUUGAUACGCUACAAGUUGUCAUUCACAGCGUCCUAGCCUCUCGAAUUAUGUUCCACCUUCGGAGUAGUCACCAUGCCUGCGAGAUGCACGCAUCAUCGAUGUUGAUGAUGUCAGAAGCUAUACAAUAUGGACAGCUUUCGCAAACGCAAACGAACGACUUGGAGAGAAGGAGUAAUGUUUGAUAGCAUGCAAGCGAGCUUAGUUCAUCGUCAAGAUUG